CUUGCCACGUCACCUUCAAGAGACCCGUGUGUUUGUUUUGCUGGAGCCUGCCGCGGUUGUGCGUGACGUUUCCGACGCGCGCUCGGCUCCGCAGCGCUCAGCGAACACCGACACCCGACAACCGACACCCGACAACCGACACGAUGCUGACGGCGGAGGACUUCGCGCGCUUCCCGCUCCGCGCGUGGGACAAGGUGCUGGCGAAGGUGAAGAAAGCCGCCGUGUUCAUGGACGACAGGUGCGCAGAGUCGCUCCACUGGUGCGGAGGCGCCGCCGCCCUGCUGGAGGCCGGGGCCCGCAACGUCAAGCGGUUCUCGUCGUUCGAAGCCGGCGGCGCGGACGAGCCCAAGGCCGUGUUCGUCGUGAGCACGCUGCUCAAGGGGCGAACGGUGGACGUCAUCAAAGACGUCGUGUCCCUCAGCCGCUUCCGGUACUGCGUCGUCGUCACCACCGCGGCGCACUCCGUGCACCUGCUGGCCAACAGCGUGGCGGCGGAGAUGGAGGGGAGCCCCGUGUUCGAGCAGUUCGAGGAGAAGCUCUGCGAGUGGAUGGGCAACAUGAACUACACGGCCGAGGUCCUGCACGCGCCCCUGGUCUUCGCCCCCGUGUCGCCGCAGCUGCUGCUCACGCCCCCCUUCGCACACCUGUUCCCGCUGCUCUCCGCCGACCUGGAGGCGCUGAACGCGAGGCGGCCGGAGAAGAAGAGGUUCGCCGGCCUGGCGGACGUGGACGUGCACUCUCUCCCCGCCGGGCUGCGGAUGGAGGUCAAGGCCUUGACCUCGGCGUUGAACGCCAUGUUCGAGGCCACGGGCACCAGGGAAGAGAGCUUCGCCGUGGGCCCCAUGAGCCGCAUCAUCGCAGGGGAGCUGGCCAGUCACCCCCAGGCGAAGAACCGCCGGAAGACCGCCCCGAACAAAGCCUCGAUCAUCUUCGUGGACCGGACGAUGGAUCUCACAGGAGCCGUCGGUCACCAUGGCGACAACCUGGCCGAGAAGAUUCUGACCGUGCUCCAACCCUUACCGGGUCACGUGACGGACGUACAGGUGGACAUGCUGGAGCUCACCAGUGUACAGCGCACCCCUCACUCCCAGCACACCCUGGCCCCCGGCUGCCUUGCGCAGAACCAGUCACCUGCAGCACAGUCGCUAUGGGAGGCCAUGCUGACCAGUAAGCAUAAAGAGGGGGUGAUGGAGGUCCGACGGCAGCUGGUGGAAGCGGCCAGUAAGGAGAAGCUGCCUAUCAAGAUGAGCAUGGGCCGUGUGACCCCCGAGCAGCUGUGCUCGUACAUGCAGCUGUUUCGGAACAGUUGGGGGGCGCUAGAGAGUCACUGCGGGGUGCUCCAGCUGGGCCUGGCCACGGCCCAGACGCUCCGCCACCCCAGCCUGCCCCGCUGGGAUUCCUGCCUGGCCUUCGAGCGGCUCCUGCUCCAGGCUCUCGGAGACUCUGAUUUCCCCGCCAUGCUGAGGCAGCUGCUGCCCUUGAUGCGGCCCCGUGGAGGCGACGACAGCUCCUCCUCGGGGUCAAGGUCCAGGGAGGAUGAGUGCGGACCUGAUGAGCUGAUCCUCCUGCUGGUUUACCUGUACUCCCUGGCUGACGAGGCGCAACCUGCGGCCCAUAACACUGAGCAGGAGGAGCUGGAGGAGCUGGAGAGGCUGGAGAGGGAGCUAAUAGGCGCACUCACCCUGGUCAUCACGCGAGAGACAGAGCUCAGCCCCUUGCUCCAGAAACUUACUGGCUGCGCAAACCCCAAGGAGCUGACCACAGAGCGGGCCCACUCUGCGAUGGAGGACAUGUUCGAGACCCUCCGAGGUUUGAGCCACACCAGAGAUCACCUCAAGCAGCUGCGCUCCGUCUACACUGCCAGCGAUGGAGUUCACCAGGCGACCUACCGUCCUUUCCUCAGACAGAUUCUGGAGGAAGUCUUCCACCCUGACAGACUCGAAUGCCCCGACAUCGAGCACACGUCGGGGGGCCUCACAGACCUGCUCAAGACCGGCUUCAGCAUGUUCAUGAAGGUGAGCCGGCCGCAUCCCAGCGACAACCCUGUGCUCCUCCUGUUUCUGGUUGGAGGCGUCACACCCUCAGAGCUCCGUCUCAUCAAGGAGAUGGUCACCACACACAAACCGGGCACGCAGGUGCUGGUCCUGUCCACCAGGUUGCUGAGGCCGACGGAUAUCCCCGAGCUGCUCUUCGCCACCCAAAGACUGGCGCCUGAUAUCGGCGUCUAAAAGGUCAAACACACGGACACAAGAACAAAAGCCGUAAAAUGGAAAAUCAAGGAAUGGAAAAGAAAGUAAAACAUUCCUGUUCUGUGCGCGUCAGCCAGUUGAAAUACUUCAAUUCUGAAGACGACUGUAAAGUAACUAUGUAUUAAAGUGGACAUUGGAUUUA